AUGACUUCAGUGCUCAUACGGAGUGUGUUCGCAUUCGCACCAGUUUCCCACAUUCUUGGCUAUAAAGUUGACAGAGGCAGCAAAGCAGAGGAAUGUGGAAUUCUUGUUGGUGAUAUUGUAAGCAAGGUCCAUGGAGUUUCUGUGAAGAAUAUGACAUUGGAACAAGUCAACAGACUCUUCGAACUUGAUCCAAGAAACAUUGCUCUAAAAAUUAAAAGAAACUCAGAAAGCAAGUCAUCAUUUGGUAGCCACACCAGCACGAGAUCAACUGAUUCUGCCCCAGUUACAGAUGUUACACUGACGCCCAGUAAGAAGAGGCCCCACACAAUUUGCAUCAAAACAUCAAAGAGUACUGACAACAGUAACCGAACUUCAUUUGUUGACGACAACAACAGUGAUAUUGGAGGAAUUAGAAUUACGGUCUGA